CUGCGGCGCAUGCUUGCUCCUCACCGCGCUGCACCGCCUGCACGGCAGAACAGAAAAAAAAAAAAAUAGCCGUUGACGGGAUGCGGGACCGCAUCCUGACCUGCCUGGCGUGCCGUGAGCGGGCGCAUACUGAUUGAUUUGCGCACAUCGGAGAGACGCCAGCCGGGACGCGCGACUGAGAUCAACGUUUUUUGGGGACGGCAAGUGAGGCGUUGUUGUCAUCGUUUCUCCAACGGUGGACUCAGGAGCUGAGCGUCAGAAGCAUGGCAUCCUUUCUCGGGCCAGCGACAGCCAGAUGCAUCCUGCAGCUGCAGGCUCCUUCCUGCCUCACGCCGCUUUUGUCCCCAAGACGAUGGCACGCCGAGGUCGGGACGCCGGUGGAAUUUCAAUGGGCCACCCCUGAAUGGCCCUACGCUGGCAGGAGCGUCGGCCACGGGCGGAGUAUGGGUACGACUGCCAGUGCAGCUCCGCCGCCGUCGCCGCUUGAAGGUGUCCUCGGCAACGGGAUGGCCGACGGCAGGCCGUCGCUCGGCAUGAGCCCCUUUCACACCGCCGGCGUGCACAGCAACAAGGCCAAGUCCAUUAUCACCAACAAGGUCGCACCCGUCCUCAUCACGUAUAACUGCAAGCAAGAAUUUCAGAUUCACGAUGACAUCCACAAGAGCAACUACAAAGUGGGACGGCUAUCGGACGCCAUGCCCGAGCAUUACCUGGUGCAGGCUGAGUUCUUCAUGGUGCAGGACGUGUACAGCAAAGCGGACGUCCUCAGCACGACUGGCUCCUUCGGAGCGCCCAACUUCCGGCGGGUGAAGGGAUCGUACCAGCUCUACGGGAUGGGUCAGCCCAGCCUGAACGGAUUCAAGCGGGUCUUGCAGAUGCUCCAAGCACAAGGACACGAGGAGGUUGUUUUUGUCUGCGUGCGAGAAGAGCCGGUGGUCUUCCUGCACAAGGGCGACGACUUUGUCCCGUACACUCCCAGGAGGAAGGAGAACCUCCAUGAGAAUCUCCACGGACUGGAAAAGGAGGAGCCGGUGGAAAUGCUGGAGCUUACCAUCAGGAAGGAGCUGCACGACUUUGCCAAGCUGAACGAAAACAUCUACUACGUUUACAACGACAUUGAGUACCUGAAAGGCGAGCCUCAGAAGAUGGCGAUCACAUGCGAGGAGGACAUCCACGUGACGGAGGAGGUUUACAAGCGGCCCGUGUUCACCAUGCCGGCCUACAGCUAUUACAGAUUACCGCUACCUGUCGAAGGAGCGCCUUUGGAAGAAGACUUUGAUGCUUUUGUCAACAUCCUCAGGGAGAGUCCCGGCUUGUCCCUGCAACGCGACAUGCCACCCGCGCCGCCCGCGCUGCUCUUCAGCUGCCAGGUGGGCGUGGGCCGCACCAACUUGGCCAUGAUCCUGGGCGCCCUGGCCAUCAACCGCCUCCAGGGCAACUUGCGCCCCCAGUCUCCAAUUGUGGAGCCGGCGGAGGCCCUUCCGGAGGCCAGACCUGUUUUCCGCAUCAUCCAGUCUCUGGUUGCCAGGCUGCCAAAUGGACAGCAAAUCCUUGAGGAGGUGGACCAGGCCAUUGAGCUGUGUUCGCAAAUGCACAACAUCAAAGAAGCAAUAUACGAGAACAAAAGUAAACUGGAGGGCCUCGGAGAUGAUUAUCAGAUCCAGGGAAACAGCACCAAAGAGUACUUCCUCAGCAGAACCCGGCAGAGCUUGGAGCGCUACUUCUACCUGAUUGUGUUUAACGCAUACCUCCACGAACAGUAUCCCCAGGCCUUCGUGUCCAACUUCAGCCAGUGGAUGUGCCGCCACACUUGGCUCUACCGCCUGCUGGCCCGGAUGGACCUUUCUGAGCUAUCGGCGUCGCCUGAGCUGGUCACCAGAGGAGCCCGUGUCUUGGUGGCCGGCGAGUAUUUAGCACCCGACGUCCUGAGCACCGCCAAGGAGAUGAAGGCGCUCAACUUCAGACGCGUGCCCAAGAUGCCCGUGUACGGAAUGGCGCAGCCCACGUCCGAGGCGGCUGGAGCCGUGCUGGCUCACCUGAUGGACGAAAAGCGCAAGCACAGCCGCGUUCUGUGGGUCAACCUGCAGGAGGAGCUGCUUGUCGAAGCCAACGGGCAGAUCUUCACCCCCAGGGAGCCCUCGCGCUUGGAUCAGCACAUUGCCGUCCCGGCGUCAGACCCGCUCGUCAUUGAGAAGCUGGAGGCGUCCCUGAAGGACGAGAUCUUGCGAGCCCAGAAGUGGUUGGAGGUGACUCUGGAGCAGGAGAAGCAGAUGAAGAUGUUCAAGAGCGUCCUGACGGCACAGGAGGUCUUGGUGCAGCACAAGAAGGCCACGCCAGCCCUCAGCUACAAGCGCGUCCCUCUGCCCGACUGCGCCGGCCCUCAAGAGGAGGAUUUUGACAAGCUUCUGGACGCCAUGAAGAGCUCGCUGGCCGAGGACUCGCGCUCGGCCUUCGUCUUCAACUGCUCCAACGGCAAAGGCAGGACCACCACGGCCAUGGUGCUGUCCGUGCUCACUCUGUGGCACUUCAACGGCUUUCCGGAGUUUCCCGAAGACGAAAUCGUGAGUGUCCCUGAUGCCAAGUACACCAAAGGGGAAUUUCAAGUGGUGAUGCAGCUGGUACGUCUACUCCCCGACGGCCAUCGGAUGAAGCGAGAGGUGGACAUGGCCCUGGACUCAGUGUCUGAGACCAUGACGCCCAUGCACUACCACCUUAGAGAGAUCAUCAUCUGCACCUACAGACAGAUCAAAGGUGGCAAAUCGGAGAAGGAGUGCCAUCAGCUCCUGCUGAAGAGCCUCCAGUAUCUGGAGCGCUACAUUUACCUCAUCCUCUUCAACACUUACCUGCACCUGGAGAAGAAGGACUCCUGGCAGCGCUCCUUUGCACUCUGGAUGGAGCAGGUGGCCUCCAGGGCGGGAGUCUAUGACGUCCUCAACCGGCUGAGCUUCUCCGAGUUCAAGAGCUCGCCGGACCGCGUCUCGCCGGCCCAGCUGGCCCGGCUGCGCUGGCGCUGGCAGCAGCAGAACCUCCGUCCGGAACUUCCUUUCCGAGGGCAUUUCCUCUGAGGGGAAGCGCGCCGGCACGUGGACUCGAGUCUCUCUUUGAAUGGCAUGUGAUUUGACAAACCUUGACUUUGACGGUAAAGGCGUGGGAGGCAGAUCUGACGUGGCGUCGCGUGACGGUGUACUAACUUGCUGCCCGAACCUUUUCCAGGGUUUUGAUUGUUUACAGUCUUAGCAGGUGGAAUUUACUUAGUUGCUCAUCAAACUUACUUCCUCUUCGAGCUUUUCUCACCAUAGUCCUUGUCAGUUUUUCCUCACAAGGUUUGGACUUGUCAAGUUCGAACUUUGUUCUUGAACGACUUUGUGUUAUUUCUUUUCCUAUGAUGACUUCUCUUCAGAAUACUUUGACUUGAGUCUUAGAAAAUGACAACUUAUUUACUAAACUGUAUUUUUUCGCAUAAAAUUAAAACUUUUGUUCUCUGCA